AUGGCUGACCAGCAAGCAAGUGUUGAACAGCAGCAGGCAGCGCCACCUCCACAACAGCAGGCCGCACAGCAGCAGCCGCAACAGACGGUUUCCGGCGAGCAGCUGCCACAGUCACAACCUGCCCCGUCUCAGGAUGCCGGUCAGAAGCCGGCUGCUGCGUCCGGCACCGCACCUUCAGCCGCUGCACCGCCACAACCGCAGAAGGAGAUCAUUGCCACGAAGGUAACCGGUGUGGUGAAAUGGUUUAACGUGAAGAGCGGUUACGGUUUCAUCAACCGGGGCGACACGCAGGAAGAUGUGUUUGUACAUCAAUCCGCAAUUGCGCGAAACAACCCAAAGAAGGCUGUCCGCUCUGUGGGCGAUGGUGAGCAGGUCGAGUUUGAUGUGGUCAUCGGGGAGAAGGGCAACGAGGCGGCCAACGUAACCGGACCGCAGGGCGAACCGGUGAAGGGCAGUCAGUAUGCGGCGGAGAAACGUCGAGGCUUCCGUCACUGGUGGCAGAAGCGUGGCCAACGCCGCCCUGGACAGACCCGUGGCAAGGACGGUCAGCUGGAAGGUAGUCAGGGAGAUGGCCAGCAGCAGAACGAUGGACAGAUGCAGCAGCAGCAACAACAACAGCACCAACCACAACAGCAGCAACAAUCUGUCAACAAGCAGCAGCAACAACAGCAACAACAACCUCGUAGAUACCGCCCACGUGGACGUGGUGGAUACGCAUCCUACUACUCCCGUCCCGCUCCCCGUGGACCACGUCGCGACAUGGUGAUGGGUGACAAUGGUCAGAUGGACAACAAUAUGAUGGAUGAUAAUGGUGGAAUGCGCGGCCAGGGUGGUCGUGGUGGUGGUGGUCCGCGCCGAUUUUUCCGACGCAACUAUCGUAGCGGUGGCCGCGGUGGUGGCAUGGGUGGUCCACCCGGACCGCGCCGUGGUGGCUAUCGACCGGACUAUCAAACCGACUACCAGCAGAACGGUGGUGGACAAGAGCAGAUGGCACCGCGUCGUGGUGGCGGCAUGCAGGGACGCGGUUCCGGCGGUCGUGGACGAUUCCCGCGCCGUGGCCGUAACCCGCAGCGUCCGCGCAAUGAUGGUGGCGUUAAUAACUCCGUUCAGAACACUACCACCGAGAGCUCGGCAUAA